AUGUCGCUACCAUUUUUCGGAAACCUGUUCUCGAUUCCACCUGGCCUGGACCACUUGGCGUACUUGAAGCUCGGACGGCAGCUUAAGAGUGACAUUUUUUACAUGAAUAUGAUGGGACAGCCAGUCGUGGUACUCAAUAAAGCACAAGCUGCUACCGAUCUAUUGGAAAAGCGUUCAGCUAUAUACUCGGAUCGUAUUGGCUCAGCAAUGGUUGACCAUCCUGCAUUGCUCGAUUGGGCAAAUUUUGCAGGCAUGCUGCCGUAUUCUGAUCUCUGGCGCCGCCAGCGCCGAAGAAUCAAUAAUUGGCUUAACCCACGUGCUGUUCGUCAGUUUGACAACCUGCAAGAAGAUGUAGUCAAGCAACUUCUCGGUCGCUUACUAAAAGUAUCUCAAAACCCUGAGCCUUUUGAAGAAAUCAAGAAGCAAUUCUUUUUUGCAAUGGGGUCCGCUACAUUUCGGUUAGCCUACGGGUAUCACCUGAAAGACGAUAAGGACCCGUUCUUCUUGAAUGCUGUUCAAGCAUCUCACCGUAUUUUCAACGCUACAAUGCCGAACAACUUCCUGGUUAAUGUAUUUCCAGCGCUUGCUUACAUCCCCGAUUGGCUUCCCGGCGCCGGGUGGAAGAGAACUGCGAAGGAGUGGAGGGAGCACAAAAAUCACACCGUUACUGCUCCCUACGAGUGGACAAAGCAAGAGGUGGCGUCAGGAAAUUUCGAGCCUUCGGUGCUUAGUGCAUUGCUUCAGGACUAUGACACAGACCAGGAUCUAUCUGGGAUGGAACGAGAUGAAGAAUUAAAAGAAUUAGCCUAUAUUCUUUUUGUUGGUGGAACAGAUACGUCAUCAACAGCUCUUCUGAACUUUGUCGCCGCCAUGGUUGUCAAUCCUGAGGUACAAGCUAAAGCCCAGGCAGAAAUCGAUUCUAUACUGGGCUAUGCAUCUCGAUUACCAACUAUGGUCGACGAGGUUCACAUGCCUUACGUUCGUGUUUUGAUUCAAGAGGUCUUGCGCUGGCAUCCCGUAACACCAACAGGAGGAACUCCACACGCAUGUUAUCAGGAUGAUGUUUAUCAAGGAUAUGACAUUCAGAAAGGGACGAUGAUUUUUAUCACCAGAGUGGCAAAUACCUGGGCAGUGAGCCGGGACGAGAAUGUGUACAAAGAUCCAGAGGCUUUUGAUCCCGAAAGAUUUUGA